GUGGAGGAGCUGACCAGAGAGGUCAGCUCUUAAACUGGAGGUGACAUCCUGCCAGGGGACUGUCACCCGAUUGGAGGGAAGGAUGAAGGAGAUGGAGGAGGAAACCAAGAGACUUCGGAAAGAACUGGAAGCAAACCAGUCAGAUGAUGAUUCCUCUCUGCCCAUAUCGCUGCGUCGGUUCACUCGGUCGGAGAUGUCCCGUGUUGUCAUGGAGAAGAAUCAGUAUAAGGAGCGUUUGUUUGAGCUGCAGGAGGCUGUGAGACGCAGUCAGACUAUUAGGGCCACCCAAGAAGAGAGGAUCACGGAGAGAGAGAAGACUAGUGUGUGGAGGAGGUUCAACCGUUUGUUUGGCCUGAACAAGAACCCCUUGGUUCCGUCCGCUGCUCUAGCGCUGGCCCUGCCGACGUCACCGUCCCUCACUCACUCACCAUUGGGCUCUCCACGGCAACAGGCUCUCAGUACGACUCAGACAGAGUACGUUGAUAUGAUGAUAAUGGGAUUACAUGUCUAUGGAGCUCUUUCCAACUUCUCAAAGUACUUUACAUUUGGUGCCUCCCCUGCUGCAGCCCUGUCUCCGCGGGUCAGGAGGAGGGAGCUGUACAGAGACAUCCGCUCCCAUGUCUGGGGAGCACUGGGAAAACGGCAGGUUCAUGGCUGGAGCAUACCUCUGUCACACACACAGGACUCCUCAGAGCAGACCCCUGAGCCCAAAGAUGUGCCUGUCCUAGUGCAGCUCAGACUGCUGGACCAGAGAGAUGCUACAGCCAAGCUGAACUGUGCUGUUGCUGUCACACGUGAGAUCUCAGGCGAGACAACGUGUGCUGUGUGGGUGGUCUCUGGUCCCGCCUCCAGUAGUGAUGUCACAGUGAUUGACCCUGCACGGUCCAAUACGGUGCUGGAUCUGUUCAGCCUCCCGCCCACCUCGCCCGCCCUAUGCAUCUGUGCUGUGCCCCCUACUGGUGAGACCUCAGGAACUGUGUGGAUUGGAACUCAGGAAGGAAGUGUGUUGGUCCACUCUGCGUCCACAGCUAGGAGGCGCUGUCUGCAGUCUAUCUCUCUGUCUGAGGGUGUGCACUCUCUCACGUAUUCACAGGGUCAAGUAAUUGCUGGAUUAGCCAAUGGGACGCUUGCAUUCUUCUCACACAACCCAGGUGGCUGGGAUCUCCAGUCACAUGAGGUUUUGCCUCUGGGAUCAACUCCACUGCAGCCCAUUCGCUGUUGCCUAGCGAAGGGGGCGGGCUUAUGGGUAGGAUACUGGAAUCGGGUUCAUGUAGUCGAUGUCGAGAAUCGAAAAGUGGAGCAAACUUUAACCGUCUCGGAGCGCAGUGAGCAGCAGGUGCGUUUCCUGUGUGCGGCAGGAAGUGGUGUGUGGACGUCCUGCCGGCUCGACCCUACACUCAGGCUUUUUGAUUGGUCCACUGGCCGGCCCCUGCAGGAUGUGGAUCUGACCCCUCUGGUCACCAAAACACUGGGCCCUGCCUUCCUGUCUCUCUCCCCGCUGCAGAUCUCCUCCCUCACCGUCAUCUCUGGCCGGCUGUGGGUGGGAACAGGAAGUGGCGCCAUCUUCUCCAUACCCGUGUCUCUCAGUUCAGAGUCUGCCUCUAUACCAUACUGCUCUUUGGCGGCAGCACAACUGUGUUACCAUGGACACCGCCAGGCUGUCAAGUUCAUCAUUGCUGCACCUGGCUGUGUGACCAGCUCCUAUACAACAGGAGGCGCUGCUCUGACUCUAGUCUCUACCGCUCAGCUCAUCCUCAGUGGAGGAGAGGGCUACAUCAACUUCCGCAUCGGGGACGACGCGAAUGACGGCGCGCCCGAAGCUGCCCCGCUGCGAUCAGACCGCAGUCACAUGAUAAUCUGGCAGAGCCCCACCCCCUCCCUGCCCAGCUCCGCCCUUUGACCACACCCACAUCCAGUCUAGAAUGAGACAAGGAAGGAUUAGACAGAGAUGUAUCCAUUCACUAGGAGAUCCAUUUGGAUUUAAUCUUGGGAUUAAAUUAAGACAUCACAGCCUAAUCCUUCUUGUCUCACUCUGUUAUUCAGUUGCUACCAUCAUCCCUUUGACUAAACCUCUCACCUGGUUAACCCAGUCUCUAUGUGUGCCUUAAUGUGAUUUGACAAUCGUUGCUGUGAGAUUGAGAUUGGUCAUUGUACAACGUUUUGUAUUUUUUGUGAAACAUGUUUCCUCAUCAUGGUAAUCAUAUAUGGGUGGCAGGUAGCCUAGCGGUUAAGAGCGUUGGGCCAGUAACCAAAAGGUCGCUGGUUCGAAUACCCGAAC